UUUGCGUUUUGUUUCCACCUGUUUUUCACCUGCAGAUACAAUGCGCCGUUCAAGAAGACCAUUCAACAAUGGGUUCAGAAUCUGUCCAACACCAGUGAGAUCAUUGAGCAAUGGAUGCAAGUCCAGAACCUGUGGGUCUACCUGGAAGCCGUGUUUGUCGGUGGGGACAUCGCCAAACAGCUGCCGAAGGAAGCCAAACGUUUCUCCAACAUCGACAAAUCGUGGGUCAAGAUUAUGGUGCGAGCCCACGAGAACACCAACGUGGUCCAGUGCUGCGUGGGGGAUGAGUUCAUGGGCCAGCUGCUACCUCAUCUGCUGGAGCAGCUGGAACUGUGCCAGAAGUCACUCACAGGCUACCUGGAGAAGAAGCGUCUGUUGUUCCCGCGUUUCUUCUUUGUCUCAGACCCGGCCCUGCUAGAGAUCCUGGGCCAGGCUUCUGACUCGCACACCAUCCAGGCCCAUCUGCUGAGUAUCUUUGACAACACCAAGAACGUCAAGUUCCAUGAGAAGAGUUACGAUCAGAUCUUGGCAAUCAUCUCGCAGGAAGGAGAAACUAUUGAGCUUGAGAAGCCCAUCAAGGCUGAGGGUAAUGUGGAGAUCUGGCUGAUGAAUCUGAUGAUGAUGUCACAGCGAUCGGUCCACGGUGUCAUCCGUACGGCAGCUAUGGCGGUCCAAGAUACUAGCUUUAAUCUGAUCGAGUUCCUGAACUCCUACCCAGCACAGGUGGGUCUUCUAGGCAUCCAGAUGAUCUGGACUCGCGAUGCCCAGGAAGCGUUAGUCAACGCCAAGUACGAUCGUAAGGUCAUGCAGCAAACCAACCAGGCCUUCCUGGAGUUGCUGAACCUCCUGAUUGAACAGACCACACGCAACCUGACUAAGGUGGAACGUCGGAAGUACGAGACGCUCAUUACCAUCCAUGUCCAUCAGAGGGAUAUCUUUGACGACUUGGUGAGGAUGCACAUCAAGUCCCCCACUGACUUUGAAUGGCUGAAGCAGACACGUUUCUACUUCAAUGAAGACAAUGACAAGAUGCUGGUGUCUAUUACCGACGUUGACUUCCUGUAUCAGAAUGAGUUCCUUGGAUGUACUGAACGACUGGUCAUCACGCCUCUCACAGAUAGAUGCUACAUCACCCUUUCCCAGGCCCUGGGCAUGAGCAUGGGUGGUGCCCCAGCCGGGCCCGCCGGCACAGGCAAAACCGAGACCACCAAGGACAUGGGACGAGCCCUGGGCAAAUACGUCGUAGUCUUCAACUGCUCCGAUCAGAUGGACUACCGCGGCUUGGGUCGGAUCUACAAAGGCUUGGCUCAGUCAGGUAGCUGGGGAUGCUUUGAUGAGUUCAAUCGUAUCGACCUGCCGGUGCUGUCGGUGGCUGCUCAGCAGAUCGCGAUUGUCUUGACUGCAAAGAAGGAGCGCAAGAAGGUGUUUGUAUUCACUGAUGGCGACAACGUGGAUCUAAAUCCAGAGUUUGGACUCUUCCUUACAAUGAACCCUGGUUACGCUGGUCGGCAGGAGCUACCAGAGAACCUAAAGAUCAACUUCCGUACAGUAGCCAUGAUGGUCCCUGACAGACAGAUCAUCAUCCGUGUCAAGCUGGCUAGCUGCGGCUUCAUGGAGAACAUCAUCCUGGCGCGCAAAUUCUACACGCUGUAUAAGCUGUGUGAGGAACAGUUGACUAAACAGGUGCAUUAUGACUUUGGAUUGCGUAACAUUCUGUCCGUCCUACGUACCUUGGGUGCAGCCAAGAGGGCUAACCCUACUGAUAGUGAGUCUACCAUCGUCAUGCGGGUACUACGAGACAUGAACCUAUCCAAACUGGUUGAUGAGGAUGAGCCGCUCUUCCUUUCCCUCAUCAAUGAUCUCUUCCCAGGAAUCACCUUAGACAAGGCCGGCUACCCUGAGCUAGAGGCAGCUAUCAAUCUCAGGGUUGAGGAGGCGGGGCUAGUCAACCACCCCCCAUGGUGUCUCAAACUCAUCCAGCUGUUUGAGACCCAGCGAGUGCGUCACGGCAUGAUGGCCCUGGGCCCCUCUGGUGCCGGUAAGACGUGCUGUAUCCACAUGCUGAUGAAAGCCAUGACGGAUUGCGGUGAGCCUCACCGUGAGAUGAGGAUGAAUCCUAAGGCUAUCACAGCGCCGCAGAUGUUUGGACGGCUGGACGUCGCCACUAAUGACUGGACGGAUGGGAUCUUCUCAACGCUGUGGAGACGGACGCUCAGGGCCAAGAAAGGUGAGCAUGUGUGGCUGGUUCUUGACGGUCCAGUGGACGCCAUCUGGAUUGAGAACCUCAACUCUGUCCUGGAUGACAACAAAACCCUGACCCUGGCUAAUGGAGAUCGCAUCCCCAUGGCUCCUAACUGUAAGAUUGUCUUUGAGCCGCACAACAUCGACAAUGCUUCGCCGGCCACUGUGUCUCGCAACGGUAUGGUCUACAUGAGCUCAUCUGGCUUGAACUGGAAGCCCAUCUUAGAUGGUUGGCUGAUGAAGCGUAACAUGCAGGAAGCAGAGACGAUCCGUACCCUGUUUGAGAACUCCUUCCCACUCAUCUACACCUUUGCCCUGCAGAACCUCAUCUUCAAGAUGGAUAGCCUGGAGUGCAUGGUCAUAGCACAGGCCAUCACCCUUCUCCAAGGUCUCAUCCCCACCAAGGAUGACAAGGACGGAGGCAGCGGCUGCUCCGCCGACCAUCUUGAGAAGCUCUACCUCUUUGUCGUCAUGUGGAGCGUGGGUGCCUUGCUGGAGUUGGAGGAUCGCUCCAAAUUGCAAGACUUCAUCGUGAAUCAUGAGGAGUUUUCGCUGAACCUGCCGUCCCUCAAACCUGGAUCAGAUGAGACCAUCUUUGACUACUUGAUUGACAAUGAGGGGAAUUGGCAGCACUGGAACACCAGAGUCGAGGAUUGGAUUUACCCAACAGACUCCACCCCAGAGUAUGGUUCCAUCCUUGUACCCAACGUGGACAACGUACGCACUGACUUCCUGAUCCACACCGUAGCCAAGCAGAGCAAGGCUGUUCUGCUUAUCGGUGAGCAAGGUACGGCCAAGACUGUCAUGAUCAAGGGAUACAUGUCUAAAUACAACCCAGAGCAACACAUGAGCAAGAGUUUUAACUUCUCCUCCGCAACCACGCCGCUCAUGUUCCAGCGUACCAUUGAGAGUUAUGUGGAUAAACGCAUGGGUAACACCUUUGGCCCUCCUGCUGGCAAGAAGAUGACUGUCUUUGUGGACGACGUCAACAUGCCCAUCAUUAAUGAAUGGGGAGAUCAGAUCACCAAUGAGAUCGUCCGUCAGAUGAUGGAAUUUGGCGGUUUCUAUAAUCUAGAGAAACCGGGCGAUUUCACCAUCAUCGCUGAUAUUCAGAUGAUGGCAGCUAUGAUUCAACCAGGCGGUGGAAGGAAUGACAUCCCACAGAGACUCAAGAGAGAGUUCUCCAUCUUCAACUGUACUCUGCCGUCCAAUUCCUCCAUCGACAAGAUCUUUGGUGUGAUUGGUUCUGGCCAUUACUGUCCCGAGCGUGAGUUCAAGGAAGAAGUCAGGGAACUAGCCAAAACACUGGUCCCCAUCACCCGCAGGCUGUGGCAACUUACAAAGAUCAAGAUGUUACCCACACCAGCCAAGUUCCACUACGUCUUCAAUCUCCGUGAUCUGUCUCGCAUCUGGCAAGGAAUGAUCAACACGUUCUCUGAGGUGGUGAACUCACAGAAUGUCCUCAUGUGGCUCUGGAAACAUGAAUGUAUGCGUGUCAUCGCUGAUCGAUUCACCAAUCCACAGGACACUGAGUGGUUCAAGAAGACCAUGUCUCGUGUGAUAGGAGAGGAGUUAGGGGAGCAGUUACAGAGCUAUGUAGAACAUGAUCACUUCUUUGUGGAUUUCAUGAGGGAUGCAGCGGAAGCGACAGGCGAGGAGCCCGACGACGCAGACUUUGACAUGCCCAAGGUCUACGAGCCCAUCGAGUCGUUUGAAGUCUUGGAGGAACGCCUACAGAUGUUCAUGGGGCAGUACAAUGAGAGCAUCCGAGGAGCCAACAUGGAUCUGGUGUUCUUCAGGGAUGCCAUGAUACAUCUUGUCAAGAUUUCCAGAGUGAUUCGCACCCCUCGAGGUAACUCCCUUCUGGUGGGUGUUGGAGGCUCAGGCAAACAGAGUCUCACCAAGAUUGCGUCCUUUAUAGCUGGCUACAAGACAUUCCAAAUCACACUAACAAGAUCCUACAACCAGUCCAACCUGAUGGAAGAUCUGAAGGUAUUGUACCGGACUGCCGGCCAGCAAGGCAAGGGAAUUACCUUCAUCUUCACUGACAACGAGAUCAAAGAGGAAAGCUUCUUGGAGUAUCUCAAUAACGUGCUGUCAUCGGGAGAGGUGUCCAACCUGUUUGCCCGUGAUGAGAUUGAUGAGAUCCAGCAAGAAUUGAUUCCAAUCAUGAAGAAGGAAUACCCACGCCGACCGCCGACGACUGAGAAUCUCUACGACUACUUCAUCACUCGCUCCAGGCAGAACCUCCACGUUGUACUCUGCUUCUCACCUGUAGGAGAGAAAUUCCGCAACCGAGCCUUGAAGUUCCCCGGUCUGAUCUCAGGCUGUACCAUUGAUUGGUUCAGCCGAUGGCCCAAGGACGCCCUCAUUGCUGUCGCUGACCAUUUCCUGGCGUCGUUUGACAUCGCGUGUACGGACCCCGUCAAGAAACAGCUGGUCCAAGCCAUGGGUACCUUUCAGGAUGGCGUGGCUGAGUCCUGCGUGGAGUAUUUCGAGAGGUUCCGUCGGGCGACCCACGUCACCCCCAAGUCCUAUCUAUCCUUCAUCGCCGGCUACAAGAACAUCUACUCCCUGAAGUUUGGUGAGAUCAACGAGUUGUCCAACCGGAUGACCACCGGUCUGGAUAAGCUAGUGGAGGCUUCUCUGUCUGUCGCUGAACUCAGCAAAGAGCUGGCCGUCAAAGAGAAGGAGCUCGCUGUGGCUUCCAAAGAAGCUGAAGUGGUUUUGGCAGCUGUGACCCAAAAGGCGCAGGCUGCUGAAAAGGUCAAAGCCCAGGUGCAGAAGGUUAAGGACAAAGCCCAGGCCAUUGUGGAUGAGAUCAAUGCGGAUAAAGCCAUAGCCUUGACUAAACUAGAAGCGGCUAAGCCAGCCCUGGAGGAAGCUGAAGCAGCCCUUAACACCAUCAAACCGGCAGACAUAGCCACAGUGCGUAAGCUGGGUAAGCCACCGUCGCUGAUCCAGCGUAUUAUGGAUUGCGUACUGCUGCUGUUCCAGGUCAAGAUUGAGCCGACAUCCAUGGAUCCUGAUCGGCCGAGUCCCAAGGCUUCUUGGGGUCUCUCACUCAAGUUGAUGGGUGGUGGUGGAUUUCUGGGUAAUCUUCUGAAGUUCCCCAAGGACUCUAUCAACGAAGAGACCGUGGAAUUGCUGGGACCGUACCUAGACUCCGAAGAUUACAACUUGGAAACUGCCAAAAAGGUGUGCGGCAAUGUGGCUGGUCUGUGCUCAUGGACCAAAGCCAUGGCCUUCUUCUAUGGAAUCAAUAAAGAAGUGCUUCCUCUUAAGGCCAAUCUGAUAGUUCAGGAAGCCAGGCUGGAGGUAGCUAACAAAGACUUGGCUAAAGCCCAGGCCCAACUUGACGAGAAACAGAAGGAGUUGGAUGCCGCCCAGGCAGAGUACGAUGCUGCCAUGAAGAAGAAGCAGGACCUUCUUGAUGAUGCGGAGACGUGUCGCCGUAAGAUGAACUCAGCCUCAGCUCUGAUCAACGGCUUGGGUGGUGAGAAGGAACGGUGGACGCAACAAAACAAAGAAUUCAAAGCCGCUAUCGGAAGGUUGGUUGGAGACGUCUUACUAGCCACCGGCUUCCUAUCCUACGAGGGACCGUUCAACCAGGAGUUCCGUACUCGGCUUCUCCAGGAUUGGAAGAAAGAGUUGAAGUCACGCAAGAUUCCUUACAGCACCAACAUCAACCUGAUUGAGAUGCUGGUUGAUAACCCUACGAUUGCGGAGUGGAACAUGCAGGGUCUGCCCAACGAUGAGUUGUCCAUCCAGAACGGUAUCAUUGUCACCAAGGCUGCUCGCUUCCCAUUGCUGAUUGACCCACAGGGGCAGGGGAAGAUAUGGAUCAAGAAUAGAGAGGCCAAGAAUGAAAUGCAGUUGACGUCCUUGAACCACAAGUACUUCAGGACCCAUCUUGAGGACUCCCUAUCCCUGGGCAGACCACUAAUGAUCGAAGACAUCGGUGAGGAGCUGGACCCUGCGUUGGACAACGUCCUGGAAAAGAACUUCAUCAAGAGUGGAAGCACCUUCAAGGUCAAAGUAGGUGACAAGGAAGUUGACGUCAUGGACGGCUUCCGUCUGUACAUCACUACUAAGCUACCCAAUCCAGCAUACACUCCGGAGGUCAGCGCUAAGACAUCCAUCAUUGACUUCACUGUCACCAUGAAGGGUCUUGAGGAUCAGCUGCUGGGCCGGGUCAUCCUGACUGAGAAGAACGAACUGGAAGCAGAACGCACCAAACUGGUGGAGGACGUCACCAGUAACAAGCGUAAGAUGAAAGAGCUAGAAGAUAACCUGCUAUACCGCCUGACGAGCACCCAGGGGUCUCUGGUGGACGAUGAGUCCUUGAUUAGUGUCUUAUCCAACACUAAGACCACCGCGGAGGAGGUCAGUCAGAAACUACAGGUGGCUGCUGAGACGGAAGUCAAGAUUAAUACGGCUAGAGAAGAAUUCAGACCAGUGGCCAACAGAGGCAGUAUCCUGUACUUCUUGAUCACUGAGAUGAGCAUGGUGAACGUCAUGUACCAGACUUCGUUGAAGCAGUUCCUGGGCCUGUUUGAUCUGUCCAUGACAAAUUCAACGAAGAGCCCCAUUACAAGCAAGCGUAUUGCCAACAUCAUUGAGUUCAUGACCUUUGCUGUGUACAAGUACGCCGCUCGUGGCUUGUACGAGAGUGACAAGCUGAUGUUCACCAUUCUCCUGACCCUCAAGGUCGAUAUGGUCGGUGGGAAGGUCAAACAUGAGGAGUUCAGCACGCUCAUCAAAGGUGGUGCUUCCCUGGACCUGAAGGCCUGUCCUCCCAAACCCUGCAAGUGGGUCCUUGACAUCACCUGGCUGAACCUGGUGGAGCUUAGUAAACUCAAGCACUUCAGCGACGUCCUGAACCAGGUUGCUCGCAAUGAGAAGCAGUGGAAGCAUUGGUUUGACAAGGAAGCGCCCGAAGAUGAGAUCAUACCUGACGGAUACCAGAACUCCUUGGAUGUCUUCAGGAGAUUGCUCCUAGUCAGAUCCUGGUGCCCUGAUAGGACGCUGUCACAGGCUAGGAAGUAUAUCGUGGACUCGUUGGGCGAACGCUACGCAGAGGGAGUCAUCUUAGACUUGGAGACAACCUGGGAGGAAUCAGACAUGCGCACUCCUCUCAUCUGCUUCCUCUCCAUGGGCAGCGACCCCACCAACAUGAUCGAGUCCUUGGCUAAGAAAAAGAAGAUCGAAUGUCGAUCUAUUUCCAUGGGUCAGGGGCAGGAGGUCCACGCCCGACGCCUGAUGAGUCAAUCCCAGGCUAACGGCGGAUGGGUGCUGCUGCAGAACUGUCACUUGUCGCUGUCGUUCCUCGGUGAGGUCAUGGAUUCCGUGGUGGAGACAGAGAACGUUCAUGACUCGUUCAGGUUGUGGAUGACUACGGAGGUACAUCCUAGCUUCCCUAUCAGUCUACUGCAGAUGUGCAUCAAGUUUACCAAUGAGCCUCCUCAAGGAGUCAAGGCAGGCUUGAAGCGAACCUAUGCAGGUAUCAGUCAGGAUCAGCUGGACGUCUCCAACAUGCCCCAGUGGAAACCAAUGCUGUAUGCUACUGCUGUACUUCACACAGUCGUACAGGAGAGACGUAAGUUUGGUCCUCUUGGUUGGAACAUCCCCUAUGAGUUCAACUCGGCUGACUUCACUGCCACCGUCCAGUUUAUGCAGAAUCACCUGGAUGAUAUGGAUAUUAAAAAGGGUGUGUCGUGGCUGACUGUACGUUACAUGAUAGGAGAGAUCCAGUAUGGGGGUCGUGUCACUGAUGAUUUUGACAAGCGCCUCCUGAACACAUUUGCAAGGGUAUGGUUCAGUGAGCAGAUGUUCACUAGCAGCUUCUGUUUCUACAAGGGCUACCAGAUUCCUAAAGGGACCCAGGUCCAGCACUACGUGGAUUACAUCAACGGCUUGCCCAACGCUGACACCCCUGAAGUCUUUGGGCUACACCCUAACGCUGAUAUCACAUAUCAAAGUAACACGGCCAGGGAAGUACUGAGCACCAUCUUGAGCAUCCAACCCAAGGACAGUGGAGGGAGUGGAGGCGAGACCAGGGAGGUGGUGGUACAGAGAAUGGCCGACGACAUGCUGGAGAAACUACCUCAGGAUUAUAUCGCAUAUGAGGUCAAGGAUCGGAUCGUCAAGAUGGGAGCUUUACAGCCGAUGAACAUCUUCCUGAAACAGGAGAUAGAUCGCAUGCAGCGAGUUAUUACGCUGGUUAGGACCACACUGACAGAUCUGAAGCUGGCUAUCGAUGGAACUAUCAUCAUGAAUGAGAACCUACGAGAUGCCCUUGACUGCAUGUUUGAUGCUCGCAUCCCAGAGUCUUGGAAGAAGAUCUCCUGGGCAUCCUCCACCCUGGGCUUCUGGUAUUCCGAGUUGAUAGAGCGCAACGGUCAGUUCCGCUCAUGGUGCUUCGACGGUCGGCCCAACACCUUCUGGAUGACAGGCUUCUUCAAUCCUCAGGGAUUCUUGACGGCCAUGAGACAGGAAGUGACCCGUGCUCACAAGGGCUGGGCCUUGGACAGUGUCAUCCUCCACAACGACGUCACCAGAUUCUUCAAAGAUGACAUCAACCAGCCACCAGCCGAAGGCGUCUACGUCAGUGGUCUCUUCCUAGAAGGAGCAUCCUGGGACCGUCGUGGUAUCCGCCUCAUCGAACCCAAACCCAAAGUCCUCUUUGAGCCUCUGCCUGUCAUUCACAUCUACGCCAUCAACAGUACGGGAGGGAAGGACCCCAGGAUGUACGAGUGUCCCAUCUACAAGAAGCCUGUCAGGACGGAUUUGACGUUCAUCGCGACUGUUGAUCUCAAGACGACCCAGAAUCCCGAUCACUGGAUUCUGCGUGGUGUGGCGUUACUCUGCGACAUCAAGUAGAUCCCUCUUGUAUUGUGUGUCUCUUUGGAAUGAUUAACACCAUGUGAACAGUACACAAGGUGUUAACUUCUUCCAAAAACCCACACUAUCUCUCGUCUUUCUCAUUUCAUGCAUGUGCCUGACAGCGUCAAAUUCAGUUGCACUUUUCUGCCAUUCUGCUGGAAACGAAAGCAUUUCCAUGCAAAGACCUGCAGUAUUUCUCUUUCAUUUUCUGAUAUUCCUGUCAAUAUAUCCUGAUGCAGCCACAAAAUCACCCAAAAAGUAACUUUGCCUUGAAAUGUUCAAGCAAGAUGGACAUUAGAAAGCCUAACAAGCUUUCUCACUGCAUGCUUAUCAUCUAACAGACAACGAAGAGAAACUGACAACGUUUAUGGUUUUUGACGCUAGAACCCAGUAAACAAAGACAUUGAGAAACUGGACGUCGGAUAACUCGAAUAACACAGGGCUGAAUAACUGUGUUGGUAGAGUGCCUGAAUUGUAUUCUGGUGGUCACAGGUCCGACUACCACUCCAGUCAAUUUCUUUGUUCACACCUUUCUUUUGCUCAAAUCAUGUUAACAGGAAAAUUAGUAUUAUAACUAACUUAUUCCAUCCACCAUGCUUAACUAAGUGCAACCCAUUGUAAAAUUUACACCAUACUAACUGUGCGAGCAUGCUUAAAUUAAUGCUACUCUAAAAUUAAUUCUUAAAUCCUGCAAUUUUUUUAAAUUAAGUUGUUAAAUACUUGUUCGACAAAGUAAAAUGCCUGUCUAUUGCACAAUCUAUUGUACAUAUAAAUUUGAUAGAAUUCAGCAUUGCGCUGUACUGCUUAUGCAUCGUUGAUACUUCACUUGUACAUGUUCUAUUUUUUCUACUUUUUAAAAAGAUCAAAAUCAGCCGACGUGACAUUCCAUCUUGUGAAUAAAUUUAAUCAUAACUAGAUUAUCGAGUUCAAGUUAUAUGCUAAUCUUAUAAAUCCGUCCAUUUCUCUGCACAUUUACUCCUAUUUCGCACCACGUAGUUUAAUAUAUCAUGUCACUCUUAAUCAUUUUGUCAUUAUUCAAUAAGCCUUUGUACUGAUGACAUCACACUUUGUUUACUUGUGCGCUUUUCUAUGAGGCUUCAAAACCGACGCCCCACCAGGCUCCCAUCCAAAAGCACAUGUGCAAACAAAGCGUGACAUCAUCAGUACAGAGGCUUAUUAAACGUGCUUAAUUAAAUUCUAAACAUUUAUAGGAUCAUAUUUUUUAAGAAAAAUCAACCAAAGAUCACAUUGUUUGUUAUUUAACCACCAUGUGGACAUGGUGCUUCUUCGCUGUUCAUUGCUUGAUUCCGUCCAUGCUCACUUCAUGUAUUCUAGUUGCAUACUCUCAAACAUGCUACAUUAGUAGCUCAUGCUUCCCAUGAAUAAAAGCCAUUUCUUAGGGUUUUUUUUGCGGGUUUAUGAUUCAGUUUUCUCAUGUGGAACUGGUUAUAUUGUAUUGUUGUAUUCGAACCAGUUUAUCCUGUGAAGCUGAAAAUAAACCCGUAAAAAAACAAUUAGAGGGACUGCGGGACGUUGCAAGUCAAUACUACACACGCAGAAAAUUCAGUGACAAGAAGAUGUAAAUAUAAAAAAAAAUCUGGGUUUAACGUGAAUUGGUAAAUUUGAAGGGACAGUUUUAACGAACAAUGGCAAAUGUUUUUACAUGGAUUUUGAAAUGUCAUUCAGAGAAAAUAUAAGAGUUUCAUGAAAUGGCAACUAAAAUUCCAGCACUGAGAAAGUUUUUUUUCUAUUUACCUGUUGGAACAUGACCAGUAGAUGUGCUUAUCUACUCUUAACUUUGUGUUAAUAAGAGCUUUGGCAGAUUGAAGAGAUAUGUUUUGAAAUUUAAAAAUAAAAAGUACCUAAAAUUGAAUUAAUGUGGUGCUGGGACUAGUUUUAAGCGUACUUGUUAAAUGGAGGCUUUCAACAGUUUUCGUUGUCAGACAAAACGAUACAAAAUUUGCACAUUUAGUAAUUUUGCAAAUGUCAGGUAACUUGCAUACUGAAUUCGAAUAAAAAUUAUGCACUUACAUUCGGACAAAGUGUAUGACUAAAUAUGAAAGUAUCAAAUUUGGUAAAAUUGGUUAAAUUGUAGUGAUGUUUUUCCAUGUGUGUGCUGUGAUGAUUUGAUAGCCGAAUUCAAAGUAAUUGUUUUAUUUUUAUGAACAAAAGUAACUUUAUUCUAUGCAUUCAGAAUGUUGAGAUGAUAGCGUUUAGCUUUAAGGAAUCCUCUGUCUUUCUUAAGUGUAGGAUCUAAAUUAGAAUUGUAUGAACCUUAUUGUUAUGCAAAUGUAGAUUAUUUUGCUCUCAAAAUUGUCAAUUUUCAUCAAUUCUCUAUCGAAGUUGAAUCAAUUUUCCAUGUAAUUUAUUUUUUAACAUUCUAUUGAAAAAAAUCAUUACAAAUUGUGAUAUUCAAGUGUUGUUUUUUUAAAAAUGGUUUGAAUUGUGAUACGUAACAAAAAAUGCUGUGCGCAAAAUGAACAUUCCUUUAGAACAAGUUUUUACAGAAUUUUGUUUCUUGCCUAGUGAAUGUACUUACAUUGCAUUGUUCCUUCAACCCAUAAUAGUGUCCUGUUUAGUAAAAUUCAUUUUUUACUUCGCAUAAACAAUUUAAAGAUUUUGUCAUUCAGUUUCGUUUUAAACUCUGUUACUAUGAACAAUCCAUUCUUAACAUACUUUUGCUUAUUGCUCUGUUUGUGUGAAAUGGAAUAAGCACGCACUCUGCAGUGAGUAAAAUUCAAUAAAUGUUCUGAUUUGUUACAAA